AUGUGGAGCAGAUUCACAGGCAGCUCGUCGGCGAAGAAAGACGACGAGGCGCGCCGCCGCCGCAAGGACGCCGACUCGACUCGCUCCCGCCGCGACCGCGACGCCGACGCCGACUCGACUCGCUCCCGCCGCGACCGCGACGCCGACGCCGACGAGGACACGCGCUCGGUUGUGUCGAGCGCCAGCGCGCGCAGGCCGGCGGGUUCUGCGCGCCGAAGAGACAGCCCGCCCAGCACCAUUGCGAGCUUCGCGACCGCCUUUGACCGCCCGCCCGCCGCCGACGACAGAAGGUCCAGCUAUGCCGAGUCGAGUGUGUCGCGGCGCGACGGCGAGCUGGUGCAGCGGCGCGAGAAGAAGGACAAGCGCAGCAGCAAGGACAAGGACCGCAACGACCGCAGCGACCGCAGCGACCGCAACGACCGCAGCGACCGCAACGACCGCAACGACGAGAAGCGCAAGGGCUCGCGCUCCGAUCGGUCGUCGGUGGGCGGCUACCGGGGCGAUAUUGUCGAGGAGCCGACGGGCAGCAACGCCUUCUCGCCGCUCCCCGGGCAGGCAGGUGCGCCAAUGAUGAGCGGCGCACUGCCAGCCGGCCACGCCAUGUCGUCGCACGUGCACGACCAGUUCCCCGGCCAGGACCCCGUGCAGUUCGCGACCAGCCACAUGCCGGGCCACAACCCCUUCGGCGCCGCCGCCGACUUCUACAACGACGGCGGCCAGAGCGUCGCCAACCAGCCCGGCGUUAGGCCGCAGCCGCCGUCCGUCAUCGUCGGCCAGGAUACGCCGCACCUGGCCGCCGCCUCGGCCCACGCGAACCCGGCCGCCGACACGGGCGCGGGCUCGGCCGCCGACUUUUACGGCGCCAGCGCCAGCGCCAUGCCGGGCGCCUUUGUCGACGACAGCGCUGCGCCCCUGAAGCCGCCGCGCCCCAGCGGCGCCAAGCCCAGCAAGCCCGGCAAGCCCAACAAGCCCGGCAAGUCCAACAGCUUCCCGGCGGCGGCGGGCCUGGCCGGCGGAGCUGCUCUGGGCUAUGUCGUGGGCCAUGGCUCGUCCAGCACGCAGCACAAUGCGCAGCACUCGACCAGCCACAGCAUGUCGAGCAUGCACCACUCCACCUCGUACAACAACGACAGCAACGACGCCACCUACAACAGCAACAGUGACGCCACCUACAACAAUGACGCCACCUACAACAAUGACACCACCUACAACAACGACACCACCUACAACAACGACACCACCUACAACAACGCCACCACCUACAACAACGCCACCACCUACAACAGCAACAUCCCCCCAUCUGUGUACCACCAUGGCGACCUGCCGUCCACCGCCGCCAUCAACGGCAGCUACACCAACGUCCACGAAACCGCAACAGGCGCACCCCCGCCCAAGCCGCCCCGUCCCGGCCGGCCAGAGAAGCAGCCGAGCGGCUCCAACGCCGGGCUCUACGCCGCUGGCGCCGCUGGCCUCGCAGCCUAUGCGCUGCAUAAUCAUAAUUCCAACGCCCACGCCCACGCCCACGCCCACGCCAUGCCUGGUGCUUUCCCCGGCCAGGGCCCCAACGACAUCGGUCCCUCGCCCAGCCCGUACCUGUCUGGCGGCAUGGCCCACCAACACCAGCACGUCGGCACCGUCUCCCGGUUCGUCGACUGGUGGAAGGACCACGAGGACGUCCAGAAGAUGGAGGAGUACACCGAGUACAUUGGCGUCUGCAGGUACUGCUUCGACCCCCGCUCCUCGCCCAUGGACGCUCCCCGCAAGCACCACUACUACGACCGCAGCCGCCGCUCAGACGAGUACGACCGUCCUUCUGGCGGCAUCGAUAAGCGGUCUCGGUACGGGCUGAAGGAAAAGUCGUCUCGCGCCUCGCUGUACGCCUCUGGCGACGACAAGCGCAGGAGCAACAGCACUGGCGCCGGCUGGCUGGCUGCCGGCCUUGGCGGCAUAGGCCUGGCUACUGCUGGGAAGGCGCUGUUUGCCUCGGGCCGCCACGACUUUGACGACACGUACAGCAUCAAGUCUGGCCGCACGGGCCGUGAAAGCAACACUCGACACUCGCGUCGCAGUCGCAGCCGCGAGUCUACCCACAGCAAACGCUACAGCUACGGCAGCGCUGGCAUCCGCCACCAAAGUCGUUCGCAGGACCGAGUCUCUGUCAUGUCGACGGGCGUCACCAAGGACAAGAAGGACUACAAGAACAAGAACUACAGGGACUACAAGGACAAGGACUACAAGGACUACAAAGACAACAAGAACAACAAAGACUACAAGAACAACAAGGACUACAAGACCGUGAGGCCCCAUGGCUCGCGAUCGAGUUCCAGCUCGAGGUCACGCGACCGAAAGUCUGGUCUUGGGACUGCCAUUGGCGCUGGACUGGCUGGAGUCGCGCUUGGUGCAGCUGCACGGCGAAAGGGUAGCCGCAGCCGCUCCAGGUCAGCCCACAAGGUCCACGUCCAGCACCCGCAGCGGCGAAACAGCAGCAGUGAAGGCGAGCGCCGACGCCCCAGGUCGCAGCCGUUGCGCCACAAGUCCUCACGGAGCUCAGCCUCUGCCGCCUCUUUCAUCGACAUCUCUCAAGACCACCAGUCGCAGAGCGGCUUUCUUGGAGGCUUCUUCGCUGCGCCGCCGCCCAAGGAGAAGCGCGCCAAGAGGCCAAGCUCUUUGCACAAGCAGAAAAAAAAGGGCUUCUUCACCUUUGCCAAUGGCUCGUCGUCGUCGUCCGAGUCUGACAUGGCCUUUGGCAGCGGUUUCGUGCGGAGGACCAAGACCAAGCGUUCGACCCACAACCUCAAGAAGCAGACUUCCGAUGAGCGACUCAAGGCUACGCUAGCUGGCCUUGGCGCGACCGCAGCAGCGAUCGCAGUGGCCAAGGCCAACCGACGCAACAUUGGCAAGCCGGAGCCUGAACUCGUGGCAGUUCGUGAGCGCCGCGGUCCAAGGAGCAGCAAUCGCCGUCGUCCUGGCCCUACCUCGCAGUACGGCGACGACGAGUGGGAAGAUCUGCCUGACGACGGCACGUCGACUUCUGCCAGCGACAACGAUCUGGUGUAUGGUGAUCUUGACCUCCGCAAGACUCAAAGCCGCGAGUCGCUCAACUCCAAUGGCUCUGGCACCAACAAAUGGGGCUGGAGAUGGGGCUUCGGCAAGAAGAGGACGUCGUCCAACAAUCUCUACGACAACAUUGCCAGCACGCCUCUUACUCGUCCUGCUGCUGCUGCUGCUGGCGCAAUUGGCGUUGCUGCUGCAGGCGUGGCGGCUUCACGUCCAUCACACCACGACAGUGAGACGAGCAGCCAGCACACGCUGCAGACCGUCUACCCUGUCGCCUCGAGCGACCCAACCAGCUUUGACGCCAGGCGCACAAGUGUGCUUGACACGCCUCAGGCCAUGGUCACCACCGGUCCUGGCGCCAUCCGUCUGCAGCAGCCACAGCCCAUGCACCAGGUCCCAGGCUCAAUAUACUCCACCCAACCUACAUCUCAGCAAGGCUACACCGCACCCGCGGGCCCUCCCGUCUUCUCGCAAGUCCCCUUUCCCCCUCCCUACCCCCCUCCCUACCCAACGCAGGCCCAGGCGCAGAACAUCACCAUCAACAACCAUCCAUAUCCGCCUCCUCCAGCGGCGCCUCGUCGCGCCAACUCGUCGCCCAUCCAAAAGUCGUCGUGGAAGAAGGAUGUCGCUAUGGCGGGUCUCGCGGCUACCGCUGGAGCUGCUGCUAUUGUCGCUGCCAAGGGCAGUGAUAGCGAACGCCCGUCCAGCGCGCAGAGCAAUGUCCGCUUCAACUUCACCAAGGAGCAGGCGAAGAAGGAUGCCCGCGAGCGCCGCGAGGAGCAGGAGCGCGACGAGGACGAGCGACGGCGCGCGCAACAGCAGGAGGACGAGCGACGGCGCGCGCAACAGCAAGAGGAUGAUGCUUUGCGCAGAGAGGAAGCAGAGCGCCGACAACGCGAAGAUGAACUCCGUGCAGCCGAAGACGAGCGUCGCCGCGAGCAAGUCCGCCGAGAAGAUGACGUGCGCCGCGAACAAGACCGUCGUCGCGACGAGGAUGAGCGCCGUCGACUCGAGAUUCUGCGCCAGCAGGACGAGGCCCGCAAGUUCAUCGAGGUGCAGCGCCUUGCGAAGAUUGAGACGGACCGUCUCGAGGCCGAGCGACGCCGUCAGCACGAUGACAUGCUGGCUCGCGAGACCCAGGAGGCUGAGCUUCGAGACCGGAGGGAUCGCGAGGCGGGGGCUGAGGUGCUGCGCAGGGAGGCUCUCGAGCGCGAAGAGGAGCAGAGACGGAGAGAGCGUCGCGAAGCUGAAGCCAUCGAGGCGGAAAGGCGCGAGGAGGAGAUGCGCGCAGAUGUGGACCGUCGGCGACGCGAAGACGACCGCUACGACAGUGACCGCGAUCGCCGCCGUCUCGAGUACCAACCCACAGGCAGCUCGGCCAGCUCAGUGGCCACUGAUGUCCGCCGCAAAGAGCAAGAGCUGCAGGACCGGGAGCGCGACCUUGUCAAGCCGGAUGCUUGGAAGUCCACAGCUGCUGGCGCCGUAGCCGCGGGUGCUGUGGCUGCCAUCACAAGUGCUGCCAUCUCUGCGCACAAGGACAAGGGCAAGGACAAGGACAAGGACAAGGGCAAGGGCAAGGGCAAAGACAAGGACAAGGGCAAGGGCAAAGACAAGGACAAGGACAAGGACAAGGACAAGGAGCGCGAGCAGCGUCGCGACAACUGGCGCGAUACCUCGUCCUCCGAGAAGGAGGUCGAGCCGUUGUAUCAGGCCUACAAGCCCAGCAAGGCCAUCGAGUAUCAGCCGAGUAACGUCAGGACUUACGAGCCAAGCUUCGCCCAAGUCGAGCCGAGCAAGAUUGCCCAGGACUACGCCGACGAAGACAUCUUCGAUCCUCACAUGUUCAGAAAGAAGGAGACGACCAAGGACGUCUUCAAAGACUGGGAAGACAGAUACGCCGAGAAGCCCGUGUCUCAGGCAGACUUCUUUGCUCCAAGAGAUCUUCUAGAGAACAACAACCUGCCCAAGGUCCAUUCCGUCGAUCCCAACGAAGGUGCUCCCGACCUGCAUGUCUACGAGUCGAUCGCAGACUACGGAGCCAGCCAGCCCAAGACUCCGCCAUACCCGACCUCGUACUCGUUUACUGCCACCCGGGACGGCCGCGGUCCUCGCACGCCUGAUCCUGUGCCCACUCUCAACUUGAUUCAACCAACGCCUCCUGGCAGCAGGGCGCCUUCGGUUCGCAGCGUCUCCAUGCCACCCUCUCCCAACAUCGAGCCUGUGCAGGAGAAACAGGAGUCAAGACCGAAGAGCGUGCCGUCGAGAGUCAGCUGGGGCGAGAACUCGUUCCACCACUUUGACGUCCCUACUCCUGAGUCGUUCAAAGAGCAGUUUAUUUCAGACCGCGAGCUCAGGGAGCACGACAAAAAGUACGCGCAGGAGGAGGUCGUUGUGGAGCGUGAUUCGCCCAAGUCGGAUAAGAAGACGACGACCUACCAGCCUGACAAACCGAGCGCGUUGUCAAAGUCAGCAGAGCCGAAGGAGAUUGCGCCCAGCACCCAGUAUGUCCCAGACAAGAAGGAUGAAUCUGCUUGGGACAGCACUGAAGGCGCCAUGUCGAGGAAGUCGAGCAAGAAGGAUAAGAAAGCCAAAAAGGCCGCGGCCGCGGCCGCUGUUGCUGCGGGCGCUGCGGGUGCCCUGACUGCCGCGGCGAUUGCGCAAAACGACAAACAUGACGAUCCGAGCGACUGGGAUUACAAGCAUGCCGACAACCGAUCGACCAUCAGCAACCCCUUCUCCGACUCGAAUGCUGCGCGAUCGACCAUUGCUGCUUCAAUGGUCUCGUCGAUUCCUUCCAUGGGCGCCGAGUACAAGUCUCCGUCGCCGUACUUUGAGUACAUCACCGAGUCCGAGGCUGGCGUGCCUUUGAGUUCGAGCGCAAAGGACGCGGCUUCUGAUGAGCGCAAUGUCUCGGUGGUCCCCGAGGAGCUGCAUAUGCCCGGUGGGUUCAUCGAGUCGCCUUCGGUCAGCAAGUUCGCGGAGCCUACGAAGAAGGCGGUUCAAGAGGAGGACUUCAGUGCUCCUACGUCCAAGAAGAGCAAGAAAGGUAAGCGGAAGAGCAAGGCUGCUGAUGAAGAGGUAGUCACGCACGACGUCCCCCGGCGAGUCGAGCCGGAGCCUCAGCGCACUCCCGAGAUUCCACAGGAGGAAGGCCUGCGCGCAAUGAGCAAGAAAGAACAGGCCAGAAGAGACAAGGAGGCGAAGCGCAUGAGCAUGAUGAGCGUGCAGAGCUGGGAGAUGAGCGACGACAGCCGGCCCUCGAGUCCGACCCUCGAGCGCGAUAUCAGGGAUCUGCAACCUGCGCACACCGCGCCGCCUGCGAAGGAUCUGCCGAACACACCCUCUCGAGACACACCCUCUCGAGACACUCAAUCUCGAGACCCUCCUGCACGCGAGAGCAGCAGCAGCAAAGCAGCCACCACCGCAGCGCUCGCCGGCGGCUUCGCCGCACUCAUGGGUGCAUCUGCGAAGCAGGAUCAAGACCGCAUAUCCGCCGAGCGCGAGCACGCCCGACAAGCCUUGGAGGCUGCGAGCACUCGUGCUCCGCGCCACGAAGAGCCCCGGUCCCCAUCCCACGGCACACGGUCACGCGACGACGACGCCAAGUUGGUGACGAUCCCCAGCUAUGCGUUUGAGGGCGUCGAGGACCCGUCUGAUUCCAAGACUACGCGCCGUAAACUCGAUAAGAGACACAGCAGCGGCAAGUGGUCGCCGUCGGUUGGCUCGCCGCUUAGGUCUGAGAUGAAGAAUGAGGAUUAUCUUGGUAGGACGGCUGCGCAGGCUGCGUCUGGAUCUGCGCCUCAAGCUGCCUUUGGAUCUGCGCCUCAAGCUGCCUUUGGACCUGCGACUCAAGCUGCCUUUGAGUCUGCGACUCAAUCUGCCUUUGUACCGGCGCCUGAGCCCCCGACAUCACGCGGCAUCCAAGACUCUGGGUACUACGCUCCCGACGACUACCAACGCAAGGGGUCCGCAGAGCGGGAUUCAGAUGAGUUCUUCUCCGCUGGUUCCGAGGAGCGAGAGCGGGAGAAGUCAGAGAGGGCCCGCGAGCAGGAGAACCGGCCCGACGACGACACGAGCACCAUCAUUGCCUCGAAGAACAAGUACGACGAUGACGAUGUAAGGUCGACGGUUUCUUCGCGCAGCAAAGACGAUCCUGAUCGCGAAGAGCGGCGCCGGAGGAGGAGAGAGGCCCGCGCUGCGCAGGAGGGCAGCCGCGAACAGAGCCGCGAACAGAGCCGCGACCGCGGCUAUGACUUCGACGAUGGCAGCGAGCGGAGGCGAAGACAUGGUCGUAAGGAUGCAGACGAGAGCGGAUACGCAUCUGACGCCAAAAGCACGGUCUCGGAGGCGCGGUCAGAAGCCACCGGCGAGCGCAAGUCGAGUCGCCGAAAGUCGAGGCGCGACGAUGACUUUGAUGACGGCGCGAGCAUGAUAUCGACUUCUUCGCGCCGCGAUGAGACGCGCGAAGAGAGGAGGGCGCGAAAGGAAGAGAAGGAGAAAGAGAGAGAGCGGGAGCGUGACAAGGAGAAGCGCUCAAGCGGGCUCUUUGGUCUUUUCAGCAGCAAGUCCAGGGAGAACCUGGCGGAGGCGAGCAAGUCGUCCAAGUCCAAGAGCCGCGACCGCGACCGCGACCGCGAUGGCGAAGAGGACGAGGACCGCAAGCAUCGCAGACGCAAGCACAGAAGCGAGCGCGGCUCGACGUAUGGCUCGGACGACGAUGACGCAAAGUCUACCGUGUCGACGAGCAGCCGCAGUCACCGCGAGAAGAGGGAGAGGAGGGACAGGGACGAAGAAAAGGUACAUCGAUCUUCCUUGCGAUAG